AUGGACGGCGAAGAGUUACGAGAGGAUUUAAAAGAAAAAGGGAAAACUAUGGAUAACGAUCUGAAAAAAAGUUUGAAGGAAGCACCUAGUGAGAGUUACUGUUACGUUCUAAUAAACCCAUACGUUCUGGACAAAGACGUGAGGGAAGUAGAUCUGGCUACGUUCCUCUCGUCAAUAUUCUACGUGGGCAAAGGAAAAGGGGAAAGAGCAAUGGCCUACUUCAAGGAUGCUUGCGGGAACAUUCAAGGAAGCCGCAAGCUUACUACAAUUGACCAGGCUUGGAACAAAAAAGGAUUUGUUUAUAAACACAUAAUUUGGAGACCAAUUAUCGAAAAUCUAGCACUCGCCAGGGAAGCUGCUAUGAUAUUUUUUUUCAAAAAUUUGGCUGGAAAAUCGAACUUUACUAACAAAUACAACGGCAGUUUCAAAGGAGAGUCGGCGUUUUGGAGCAGGGAAGAGAAAUGCAACUACGGCGUAUACCUGCUAGAAACAAUACACCGUUCAAUCCAAACCAAUGGCUGUGAGACUGUCAAAAAAGAAGAUGUUGCUCCAAGAGCCGCGAUCCAACAAAGUCCUCGACUCUAA